AUGCAUACAGCAACGUACCUGGAACUCUUCUUUUUUCUUGCUUUUUUUUUGUUAUUUAAGCCUGCUUCUACGGAGUUAUUGUUGCUGAACCUCAUGAAACCCAGGGAAGCAAUUGCAAUUAACACAGAAACUGGAGUGAUCGGUCAAAUUAAAUUCAUGAUUCCCACACUUAUGGAAUCAAACAGUUUGAUUUUUGGUAGCAAUUAUCAACUGUGGCCUGAUAGGGCAAGCAUUGGAAGAACGAACUGUCCUCAUCGCACACUGCUAAUAACAAAUAAUGAAUUGAGGGGGUACCAAUUAAUUUUCAAAUGCUCUGAAGACUACUUCAUGCACAAAGGAAAAGUGAUCAAAAGACAUGAAGACUAUAUCCUAGAGCAUAUUCCACAAAAGAAUCAUAAUAUGAUACGUCCACCUGUGAAGAUAAUUUAUCCUCGCUUGUUACUACCUUUUGUUGAAGGUUGUCAUCUGACGGCUUAA